UCAUAAUUAUGAGACCAACGCCAUUCGAACGUUGGUCAGGGUUGGAAGCGACGGACAAACAACAAUUCAUGCUUUCCAGAGCUAGCUGAAAUUGAAGUUUGUUUUCUUUUUAUUAUCGUUACAAUUGAUGUAUGGCGAUGAAGUCCGGGGAGGAGCGGUUGAAGGAGAUGGAGGCAGAAAUGGCUCUGUUUGAGCAGGAGGUCCUGGGUGGUCCAGUGGCUGUGACUGCAGGAGGCCCUGCAGUGAUGGAGGUAGUCCCUAUGGGUGUUCCUAUGGCUGUACCUAUGAUCCGACCCAUCAUUGGUACCAACACCUACCGGCAGGUCCAGCAAACCUUGGAGGCAAGAGCUGCAACUUUUGUGGGACCUCCACCGCCUGCAUUUGUAGGCCCAGCUAUAACACCAGGUGUCCGACCACCGCCUAUGAUGAGACCGGCAUUUAUGCCACACAUCCUGCAGAGACCAGGGGGUCCUAGGAUGCCUCUGAUGCGUGGACCCCCUCCUCAGGGUAUGAUGGCUCCCCCGCUGCCACGCCCCCCUCCCCCCCCACCCAUGAUGAUGGCGCCACCCAUGCAGGGACCCCCUCAACACCCCAUGGGCCCAAUGGGACAAUUGAGCUCAGGCGGACCUCAGGUUGGUUCAACCCAUAGUACACCCAUGGGACACAAUAUGGUGUCAGCUCCUCUAAGACCUGUAACCCAGGCCCCUCCCAAGAUUACCUCUUCAAUCAUCUCUGCGGCCCCUACAGUAUACACCGCUCCCCCAAUACCCAAGAGACAAGACAUCCAUGCCCAGAGAAAAGCUCGCAUGGAAGAACUUGCUGCAUCUGUAGCAGAGCAGCAGGCAGCAGUGAUGGCCGCUGGACUACUGGAGGCUAAGAAAGAGGCCAGCCUUGCUUCCUCAGAUGACAGUGUUAUUGGACCCAGUAUGCCGGAGCCAGAGCCCGUCCACCCUGAGCCAGCGGAUGGCACAGCAGAGGAGAAGAAAAAGGGAAAGCAGGAGAAGGCUAAGAAGUGUAUUCGUACAGCUGCGGGCACCAGCUGGGAGGACCAGAGUCUACUGGAGUGGGACUCCGAUGAUUUCAGAAUCUUCUGUGGAGACCUUGGCAAUGAAGUGAACGACGACAUCCUGGCACGGGCAUUCAGCCGCUACCCGUCCUUCCUGAAAGCUAAGGUGGUGAGGGAUAAACGCACAGGCAAGACCAAGGGCUAUGGCUUCGUCAGCUUCAAGGACCCCAAUGAUUAUGUCCGUGCUAUGAGGGAGAUGAAUGGGAAGUAUGUUGGCAGCCGACCCAUCAAAUUGCGAAAGAGCAUGUGGAAGGACAGAAACAUGGAAGUUGUACGCAAGAAACAGAAGGAGAAAAAGAAACUUGGACUUAGAUAAACUUUUUCCUUUGUAUAUGUGAGUGUGUUGGUUUUUGACUGAGGCAGUAUGUAUUACAAACACUGACAGCAGAACUGUUCUUAUUGCCCAAUUGGAAGGCCACUUAUCCAGCUUACCUGUCAUGUUUUCAAAUGUUGUCUGAGUAGGGAUGCCUUUUUACUUAUAGAACAUGGGUAAACAAUGCUACAAAAUACCAUAGUGUACAUGGCAGUGUCCCUGGUUGUAAUAUUUAGAAUUUGUCCUCCCAUGUUCCAAAGUACCAUGUCAUUUUGAAAUGCCCAAUAUACUGCUUUUAUUUUUCAUUUUGUGACAAUUUUCUUGGGGAAUUGCUUCUUGUGCAUUUCAUAUUGUCAGAAUGAGUGUUGAUUUUAUUUGUGUUUCAGGAGUAUAUGUUUUUAAUACAGACAACACUGCAAAAACAUAUCUCAAUGUUUGUAAAUUACUGGACAAUUUUGAAGAAGCAGUAGGUUGAAAACAAUUGAACGUUUUUCCAAUAAAACCAUGUUUAUUACA